UUCGAGGAGCGAGCUAGCGAACUCGCGUAUCAAAAUCAUGGAGUCCGGUCGCGAUGUCCACGACAGCCCGAUCACGCCUGCCCCGGAUGCUGCCGGCGAGGAGGUCGUGGACACCUGGCAGAUGGCUGGCGCUUCACCAUCCGCCAAUAGCAUUGCAGGCAUAGACAUCAGCACUGCGUCUCCCGUGCCUCAGCAGACGUUAGCGACGUCCCCUGCUCCGUCUACCAGCACCAUGAAGCUGCAAAGCAGCGAGGGGCAGGUCUUCGAGGUGGACCUGCAGACGGCCAUGGUGUCCGGAACGCUGCGAACCAUGAUGGAAGACCUGGGAAAAAUGAACACGGACGCCGACGAAGUGGUGCCGCUGGUGAACGUGAACACGGCGACGCUGAAGAAGGUCCUGCAGUGGGCCACCUACCACAAGGACGACUGGUUGCUGCUGGCCGAGGACGACGCGGCCAUCGGGGCGCGCCAGCCACUGUCCUCGUGGGACGCCGAGUUCUUCAACGUGGACCAGGCCACGCUCUUCCAGCUUAUCGUGGCCGCGGACUACCUGGACAUCAAGGGCCUGAUGAACUCUGCCUGCCGUACGGUGGCCGGCAUGAUCCGCGCCAAGACUACCGACGACAUGAGGAAGCGGCUCUGCAUCAGGAACAACUUCACGCCCUCCGAGGAGCAGCUGGUUAAGCGAGAGACUGAAUGGUACGACUAAAGGUGUGACGUGUGCCCGGCAGUUCACACGAAGGAGCCUGCAGUUUACGCUGUCCGGCCGUGGACACUGGUCACUCGUGGCACAGGUCACCGUUCCUGAAAGUGCGAUCCCGUGACAUCGCGUCGCCAUUCCGAAGGAUUCCGGGACACAAGUCUAGUCUUGGCUCUGAUUAGACUCUCUGUCAAUACAAGCAGCCUUUCUUCUUCUUUUUUUUUUUGCUCUAUUGCAGGCACAACGUUAAAUCUACAAGUGUGUGGGCCCAUAGCCACAGGACUGUUGUUGUGAGGCCACUUCAAUGAACAAAUUUCAGGAAAUAUUGAAGGUGCGUAUUUCACGUGCCCAUCACAUCAAUCACACAGGCAAUUAGCUUGCAUUUGGUGUGAUGUUUAUCGAAAUUUAUGCAACCA